AUCUCUUUCUCUAGUUCCCCACUAUUCAUAUAAAGUUGAAUGCAGAUCCAGUGCAGAAAACAAAAAAACAAUCUCUUUGUUUGCUCAUAUAAGAUUUGGGUUUCUUCAAAGUUUUCUCCUUUCACCCCAAAAAAAGAAAAAAAAGAGAGACUUUAUUUAAUUAUUGGGAAGAGGUUGAAGAAAGCAAAAGAGUUUUUUUUUUUUUUUUUUUUCUGGGACUCAAAAGUUUUCUGAAAUGGUUUUCAUGUCUGAGAUUUUGUUUACUGAAGAAGAAAAAACCGAGGAAGGAGAGUGGGAGAAGGAGAGAUAAGAAGAGAAGAAUACCCAGCAAGCAGAAGUAGAGAAAGAUAAACAAUCGAUUUGAUUUAUUUUGAUCUGCUUUUGCUGGGUGGUUGGCAAUGUCUGCGGCAACUAUGAUCAGUGAUCCAAUGGUUAUAUCAGCACCAGAAACACAAUCAGCAGCUAGUAUACUAGGUGCUCAGGGUGAAGUUGAAUUCGCCGUCUGUGACUGUUGUGGACUAACAGAAGAGUGCACUCCAGCCUAUAUAGAAAGAAUCAGAGAGCGUUACCAUGGAUCUUGGGUUUGUGGGUUAUGUGCUGAAGCUGUUAAGGAUGAAAUUGUAAGGUCUGAGAGGCUUGUUAGCACUGAAGAAGCAAUGACAAAGCACAUGAACUUCUGCAAAAAUUUCAAGACUUCAGGUCCUCCUCCAAACCCAACAUUGCAUUUGAUAUCAGCUAUGAGACAGAUUCUUAGGCGGAGUUUGGAUUCUCCCAGAGUAAGGUCCACACCAAGUAGUCCAACUAAGAAUAUCAGAGAAAUUCGUAGUUCUGGGCUUACCAGGUCUGAGAGCUACUUCUCUACUUUGUCUGGUUCUUGAAGGUAUAUGGGAUGGGAAUAGAACAAUGAGAAACAAAGGGGAUGCUGUAUUUGAUUGCUAAAAAUGGAAGGGGGAAGCAGAAAUAAAGACAGAAAAGUCCUGAGUUUUAAAUUAGAUGUUCAAUUGUAGUUAUCUAGUACAGAACCUUGAAUCUGUUGUUAGCUAUUUGAACAUAAUUUGCUACAAAUUUUUGCUUCUCUGAUGCCAGUUUCUCUGUUUUCUAUUCAAUUUAGAAUGUUUUAAAAAUGAAAACUAUGUUGGUAAUUGAAGACAGGCAUCUCACAGUUGGUGCAGCUGAAGAAAAAGAUUGGACAAUGCUGCCUCAGGUGUCUAAUUCUGCAAAAUCUCAAAAUUUGAUCAUGGAAUUCAACUAAUCUUGUCUGUACUCAAGUUGGGUUGAAAUCAGUUACAGUUAUUUUAAAGUGAAAAGAAAAAUAAAUACAUCAAUAAUUGAGUUUCCCAAGCCGGCU